CUCCUUGAUUGUUUUAUAUAAAAAUACAUUUAUAGAUUAAGCAAGAAGACAUGUCAAAUAAGCUUACUUUGUUAUUAUUAGUAGCACUUGCUUGUAUUUUAAAUACAGUUUCUUCAUUAAGUAUCAACAUUCCUGCUAAUGAACAAGAAUGCUUUUUUGAAGAGCUUCAUCUUAAUGACAAAUUAACAAUAACUUAUCAGGUCGGUGACGGAGGAAACUUUGAUAUUGAUUUUUGGAUUUCAAAUCCACAAUCAAGCAUCAUUGUGAGUAGUUCCAAGGAAGAUACAGGAUCCUUUAACGUAGUUGCCAAUAUGGCAGGUAGAUACACUUACUGCUUUUCGAAUAAAAUGUCUACUGUGUCAGCUAAAACUGUCAGCUUUAAUGCUCAUGUUAUUGAAAUGAAUUCUGCAGAUGAAAAUACUGAAGAAGAUCCUCUUCGAGAGGAGAUUGAAGAAUUAGCUGAAAGUAUUCUUGCAGUAAAGGCCGAACAAGAAUAUAUUGUUGCCCGUGAACGUAGACAUAGAGAUACUGCUGAAAGCACAAAUACUCGUGUCAAGUGGUGGUCUGUUGCUCAAAUUGUUAUUUUAAUUGCUGUCUGUGUUUGGCAAGUUCAUUAUCUUAAGCACUUUUUUGAAGUUAAACGUGCAGUUUAAUUAUAUUUUCUAGAAAGCUUUUCUUCCCCUCUCCCCUUGAUUACUACCAAUAUAAACAAAUAAAUAACUAUGAACAUUAUUCUCUGUGUAUUUCUUUCCUUUCUCUUCUUUCACUCUCCCACCCCCCUUCCUCCUCCGUACACAUGUAUAUGUUUAUUAAACUAUAUGCUUACAUAGUGCCUAGUAGAUAUGUAUAUUAUACAAUUUAUAUACAAAUAUCAAC